CUAAAAGACGGCCAAAAGAUGGAGGCCAGCUCGGUCGAGCGUUUUUUCACUUCUGUCACUGAGUUUAAAGACUAUGAAGAUUAUCUGGACUCUAAACUCACUCCAACGGAUUUGUUUUAUUUAAAAAGCAGGGAGUUGGCCCGCAAGCUGGUGGAGCACGGCCACAAGGGCAUGAUCCUGAGCAGGGAGGAAUUCGAGGAGAGGAAAGCAGCUGCAGAGGCUCCAAAGACUGAACAGAGCAGCGUUUUCUACAGCAGGAGCCGCCCAACGACACUGGCAAGUGCAGGAAAAGAGCUCAAUGAUAACUUCCUGAAGGCCCUGGCAGAGCGAGAAGAGGCCAACCGCAGUGGGAAAAUGACUUCGAUCAUUUUCAUAAGGGAUUAUAAUACACUUGGACAUGAGGUAUCUGGAUAUAUAGACUACGCCCACAGGCUCAAGAUACAAGAUUUUGAACAAUAUUUCUGUGGAAAGAAAAGGCUCAUGCCAGGACGCUCAGAUUUAUGCUACUACAACUGGACGACACAGACGUCCACGUCCAACUGCAGCCCGAACUUUGAGGUGAUUUAUGACGACCCAAACGGACUUCUCUUCAAGAGCAAGAGGGACCAAAGGAUGCUGAAACUGGAUCCUUGGUCCGGGUCCGGGGAGGACUCCAGCAGGGUGCUCCUCCAGUCGGACCUCUAUGUCCAGGUCGUCCUGUACGACCACAGCGUCAGAGUGGUCUGAGCUGCAGACGCUGCCGCCGUCACAGGCGUACAUGUGGCGCACGACGCAGAGCGCUGGAAGCCUCUAAUUUAAGCGGGUAGAUGCAUCGUCAUUUAUCCUGCACGCCAUCAGGGUGGAGCUGCUGCUGCUGCUGCUGCUGCUGCUGCUGCCUGCAAACGGAGGAUUCCCAGAGGAAGGCGCGGAGGAACCGGUGUGACGGAUGGAAAGUUUCAAGUGGAACUCAGAAAUUCCUUUUGUUGCAUUAUCUGUCAUUCCACAGGUUUUAGUCAGGAGCCAGAACCCUUCACAGCGACCCCAGGCUCAUCCACCGACAGGCUCAACAUGUUUCAGGCUGUUUGUCUAAACAAAUUAAAGGUGUAAGAGCUUUAAAAGAUGAUGGGAGCUGCUUUUAUGUCCUCCCCCAGGCUGCGGUGGAUCCUAUUGGACUGGAAGAGUGGCUAAUGGGCUUAAAGCAUUCCUCGUGUUCCCAGAUGUACGGCACACUAUGCCGGACAUCAAAGCCCUCCAUCACUUAGUCGCUGACUGACAGAUUUUAAUGCAGCACAACUCAACAAAUAAUCUCAUUCGUAAACUUCUUUGAAACUUGAAGAAGUUCGGGUUUUUUUGCCACUGAUGCUGAAACAGAUGGAGGAGUUGCACAAGUAAUAUUACAUCUGACCAUAAAAUAAUAACAAAUUACC